CGCUCGCGAUCAGUUCGUUGCGGCACUUUAGCCUCGAGAUUUGUUCCCGCUCGAGUCCGGUGGAAUUUGUCGAUUCUCAGGUUCGAGGUCGAAAACGCAAAGUCGGGGCUAGUGUGAUUACGUUUGUUGUGAAUUGCUUAGUGCGCCAAGUGGGAAAUAUCCCCGCAAAAUGAAGUCAACGUUACGAAUUGGGGAUUUUGGAGUUUUUUUGGUCACCUGCCUGCUGUUGUUCACAGUUCUGAAAACAGUUCAAGCCCAACAAAGCUGCAGAAACCCAAACCAGAAUAGGGGCACAUGCGUAUCUAUAUAUGAUUGUCCUAGUCUAUUUUCCGUGGUCCAACAAAGCCCCCUGACUUCCGAGGAUCGAAAUUUCCUUUUAACUUCAAGAUGUUAUAAUGGAGUUGGUCGUCAACCGCUUGUAUGCUGUACAAAUGACAGGGGAUUCGGGGUCCAAGAGACUACACCACGUCCACCUCCAGUGACUCCGACUCCCGCUCGAAAUAAUGGAGGUCAGCCGGGUCAACAAGGUCAGGGAAAUCUACUACCAUCACCUCCAAAUUGUGGACCAAAUUCAUUUAUGAACAAGAUCUACAAUGGCAAUGAUACAGCUCUCGACGAAUUUGUCUGGAUGGUACUUCUGGAAUAUGUUGAUCGCACUGGACGUCGUGAACUUAGCUGUGGUGGCAGCUUGAUCAACAAUCGCUAUGUCCUGACUGCUGCCCAUUGUGUGACUGGUGAUGUUUUACGGGAAGUGGGAAGUUUAACCACAGUUCGCUUGGGUGAAUACGAUACAAGCAAGGACUUGGAUUGCAUUGAUAACAAUUGCAACCAGCCAAUUAUUGAAAGGGGCAUCGAGGAGACUAUUGUGCAUCCCAAUUAUGAUCCGGUUAAUAAGGAUCGCACUCACGACAUAGCUCUCCUUCGCCUUGAUCCCCCUGUCUUGCUAAAUGAAUACAUCCAGCCAGUCUGCCUGCCUUUGGUCAGCACCCGACAGGCCAUCAACACGGGAGAACUGUUGGUGGUCAGCGGAUGGGGACGUACAACCACAUCCCGGAAGAGCACCAUUAAGCAGAAACUUAACCUGGCCAUUAACGAUCCCGCGACCUGCCGGAGAAAGUUCGCCACGAGGAAUAUCAACUUGAGCGAUUCGCAACUGUGCGCGGGCGGAGAAUUCUACAAGGAUAGCUGCGAUGGAGACUCUGGCGGACCGCUAAUGCGGGAGGGAUUCAACCAUGCCUGGUACCAGGAGGGCGUGGUUUCUUUCGGAAAUCGGUGCGGGCUGGAGGGAUGGCCAGGUGUCUACACCCGAGUCUCCGACUACGUAGACUGGAUCCUGGCGACCAUUCGACCCUGAGGGUCGAGUACUAUGCCGGCCAUUGCGAAUCCAAAUGCCUCUUAUGUUCGAAUGAAGUUUUAAUUAAAGCACAGUCGAAAGUGUUUUUCGGGACAGGGCUCCCGUCUUUUAA